UGCGCACACACAGCGUGAGGAAGACAAUGAGCCGAUGACACGCCGUGAUGAAGCUCAAACACAUGCAGUCUUUAUCUCAGCACACGUCUGCAGCUCAGGACAAAAGCUCCAGAUCAACACGGGAUUCACUGCCUGUCUGGAUGGAACAUUUCGCUCACGGUGGAUUUAUAAACGCUGGAGGAGUAAAACUGGAGUGGUUUACCAUGUUUACCUCAGGACAUCUGUCCCUGUGUCUCCAUGAAGCCGCUGCUGGGACCUGUGGUUUCUGAGAUGGCCGUGCAGAAGAGCGUGUGACGGAGAAUCGAUCAUGGCCGGCGAGAACAUCAGCGUCAGCGGAAACGUCUCAGACGUCCACCCGCUCACACACAGCCUGUGGGAAGUGGUCGCCAUCGCCAGCGUGUCGGCCGUCGUGAGCCUCAUUACGAUCAUCGGGAACGUUCUGGUGAUGUUGUCCUUCAAGGUGAACAGCCAGCUGAAGACGGUCAACAACUACUACCUGCUGAGCCUGGCCUUCGCCGACCUCAUCAUCGGCGUCUUCUCCAUGAACCUCUACACCUCCUACAUCCUGAUGGGCUACUGGGCUCUCGGCAGUCUGGCGUGUGAUCUGUGGUUGGCGCUGGAUUAUGUGGCCAGUAACGCCUCUGUUAUGAACCUUCUGGUCAUUAGUUUCGACCGAUACUUCUCCAUCACCCGUCCGCUGACGUAUCGCGCCAAACGGACGCCGAAGCGAGCGGCCGUCAUGAUCGGCCUGGCCUGGCUCGUGUCCUUCGUCCUCUGGGCUCCGCCGAUCCUGUGCUGGCAGUAUUUUGUCGGCAAGCGGACGGUUCCCGAACUACAGUGUCAGAUCCAGUUCUUCUCCGAGCCUGUGAUUACUUUCGGGACGGCGAUAGCGGCUUUCUAUAUCCCUGUGUCCGUCAUGACCAUCCUCUACUGCCGGAUAUACAAAGAAACCGAGAGACGCACCAAAGACCUCGCUGAGCUCCAAGGCGUCAACUCUUCAUCAAACUCCAGCGGCGAACCUCAAACCGUCCGCUCGUGUUUCGGCUGCAAGCAUACGAAUGAAAGAGAGCGAAGCCCUCCCAAACCUGUGGACUUCAACAGCUACGCCUCCUCAGAGGACGAGGAGCGCUCGGCUUCUCCCGGCGUCUUCCCGACGUCUUCCAGAUGCAAGGCCGACAACGAGGACCAGAGCUACUUCAAAACAAGUCCGACGAGGAGCAAGAAGUGCGUCUCGUACAAGUUCAAACCGUCCGGUCCGCUAAAGAACGCCAACGGAGACGCAAAACCCUCGUCCUUCUCAUCCGCCGAGUCUGUGAACGUACCCUCCUCGUCAUCUUCUUCCAAACCCAUAGACGGCACACUGAAAAGCCAGAUCACCAAGAGGAAGAGGAUGGUCCUGAUCAAAGAGAAGAAGGCGGCCCAGACUCUGAGUGCCAUCCUGCUGGCGUUCAUCCUCACCUGGACGCCCUACAACAUCAUGGUGCUGGUCUCCACCUUCUGCUCCGACUGCGUCCCGCUCUCGCUCUGGCAUCUGGGAUACUGGCUGUGUUACGUCAACAGCACCGUCAACCCCAUGUGUUACGCGCUCUGCAACAAAACCUUCCAGAAAACCUUCCGCAUGUUGCUGCUCUGCCAGUGGAGGAAGAAGCGGGUGGAGGAGAAGCUGUACUGGUGCGGACAGAACCCGGCGACGGGCGGCAGACUCGCCUGAGAGACCCGUUCAACUUUACAUUUCCAAUCGCUGCAGGACAGAAAUGGCACCAUUCCCAGAUUUACCGUCAACAGAAACGUUUUUAAAAGAAGUCUUUUCUGCUCACCAAGUCCGCAUUUAUUUGAUCAAAAAUACAGUAAAAGCUGUGAAAUAUUAUUACAAUGUAAAAUAGCUGUUUUCUAUGUGAAUAUAUAUAGUUAAAG